GGAAGAUGAAGAAGAGGAAGAUGAUAUCUCUUUUUGUUUAGAGAGAGAAGGGGAAGAGGGAAAUUGCACCACGUGUACUUAAUUUGCACAUUUUAACCAUUUUUAUUCUUGCCAAAGCCCGUGUCUAAAAAUUCAAAACCAGAGUUCAAAUUGUACAAACUUGACAGAAAUGGCGGGAUGCGAUUCGCAGAAACAAUUGCUAAGCCUAAUUCGCGACUAUGCUUCCGAAAAAUCUCAAGGAGAAAGGAGAAUUUCGAAUCUGAAGAUCCGAAUAGGAGAGCUUCUAUCUGAGAUUGAAGCUGCGCAUGCGAACCUUGAAGAAGCUAAGCAUGUCAAGGAAUCAAUCGAGCAAGAGCUUAAAGGAUACGAAGUUGAAUUAGCUAUGAAUGUAGCUUCAAUUCAAACUCUAGAGGCGAGGAUUGCUUCUACUCAAGAGGAGAUAUCAGCUGUUGGUUCUAAUGUACACGCUCUUAAGAAUGAAGAAGUCGCAAUAAGAGAGGAUUUCAUGAAGAGGAUGCUCGAACUCAAUGCAGAAAUAAGGAGAUUCUAUGACUCAAUAGGCUCAACUUUCAGCAACGAGAACUUCAGCGAGAUAAAAUUAUACUCUGGUGUAGAUAAUUCCAAUGAACUAAAAAGGAGGGAUCUUGAGAAUAAGGUUGCUCAUGUCAAUAGUCAGAUCACUAUGGAGAAAGAAGAAUAUCAAACAUUGCAGAAUGUGCAUAAGCAGGUACAAGAGGAGCUAACUGUCAUGGAAAGGAGAGUAAAGGUGAUGGAGGCAAUAAUGAAAGAAAGCAUAGAGCGGCAGGAGCUGAAUGAAUAUCCUCAUAUAUUUGUGCAUAAUUUUUUUACAUCAUUUCAAAUGGAGCCAAGGACUCGCUAUUUUUUGUCUUGAGAAUAUGAUGGAAUAAAGCAAAAUGACUCACUAACCCGUCUACACUUCUUUAUUUGAAACAACACUCAACUUAUGGAAUUUUCGACGUGAUUUUCAUCAUGAGUCAUCCGAAAACAGUCUCUCUAUGCUUUAAAACAGUCUCUCUAUGCGGCACUGGGGUAACGUUGUUGUUGUGGUUGUAUUUGUACAUAAUUACACACAUUCAUAUAUAUAUGAAGUAUGAACUGUUCUUUGGUAAGUUAAUUAUGGUUUAAGGUCUCUUAAGGGCUAACAUUAUUACUGGAAGUUCGGUAAGUUGCAAAUUUUCCAUAUUAUCUGGUGCAAUUUCUUGAGCUAAUUAUACUCUUAUACUGGUGAAGUACUUCUGCAGUUAUUUAACCUUUUCUUGACGUCAGAUGCUUGAUGCUUCAGUAGUUUUGUUUUAUCCUCGACUAGAAUCAAGCAGACAGGAGUGUUGGAGAAUCAGUGUGCAUCUCUCGGUGAUGAGCUGCAAAGGAAAUUGGCGUGUCCCAAAUGCCAUCAAGACAAUUCAGAACAAUUAGGCGGCAUUCUUGGGCAGGGCCAUGAUGCAAUCUAACUUCAUGUAAUAAUUUCAAACCACUAAAAAGGUCAAUUAUACUAUUGAGUAUUGAGACUUGCGAUUCCUCCCUUCCUGCUUCAACUAUGCCCUCUGAUGGUUCUUUACACUGCCAUAUAAAAUAUACGGCGCCUAUUGGUAUUUUUGAAAUAUAUGGAUGCAGU